AUGAGUAAUGAGAAUGUAGUUAAUUGCGCGGGCUAUGAUGACGCCACGAAAAGUAGAGAUGUGCAAGGCGGUGUAUCAGUCGGUAUUUCUAUCGACAGGCCGACUUUGACCGAUUCCCAAUUAGAGCUCGUUUUACGGGAGGAGGAUAAAAUAAUUGACGGAGACGAUGAUGCUGAGGCCAAAGUAGCUUGUGAGUUUCCUCUGAAGAAGCAAAUGUGUGGAAGGGAGCGUCUCAAGGAAGUGAUGACAGGUAGCUUCCCAAUAGUUGGAUACAUGCGAGAAUAUAAAUGGCGUCAAUGGUUGCUGAAUGACGUCAUGGCGGGGAUCAGUGUUGGCUUCCUACAUCUACCUCAGGGACUCGGUUUUGCCUUGCUGGCAGGCGUUCCGGCGGUUCUUGGGCUUUACUCGUCGAUUAUACCGGUAUGGUUGUAUUUUGUAUUCGGCUCAUCACGACACAUCUCAGUCGGUACGAUGGCUGUGACCGCUCUUUUGGUCGGGUCUUAUGUGAAUAAGUUUGAGUAUGGGGUAGAUAGGGAGUUGCCGUUAGGGGCUGGAGCGCAUAAUUCGAGUGGUGGUAACUUCUCCGGGGACAAUCACAUCAUCGCCAACGACGAUAAGAGAUUAGAGCAAGAUCAUCAGCGAAUGAACGCGGCAUCACUGAUAACACUAACGGUCGGUUGUUUGCAGUUGCUGAUGUGGGGGGCACGCAUGGGUAUCAUGUCAUCUUAUAUGUCAAGGCCAUUCGUCAAGAGUUUCAUAACGGGCGCCGUGGUACAUAUCAUAGCUAAUCAGCUUCCGUUUCAGUUGGGAUACCAAGUCAAAAAAAGCUCCGGUUCUUUCCAACUGCCGAUAAAUUUUUACCGAAUAAUGUCGAAUAUAAGCGAGACGAACGUAGCAUCACUGGUUACAUCAAUCAUUUGCAUGGCUUUCCUGCUGUCCAUCAAAUAUUUCUCCACGCGUGAGGUAGCAAAAAAAUUGAAAUUUCCAAUUCCUGGAGAGUUGAUAACGGUUCUGGCGGGAACUUUGGUAUCGUAUGUAGUCGGGUUUGAAGGCAGAUUUGAUGUCAAAAUAAUCGGUAUAAUACCGGAAGGAUUACCGAAACCGCAUCUGCCAUCCCUGUCUCUCUUGCCAUCCAAAGCUGACUCGUCGAUGCUGUUAAUCAUCGAUUUAUUGGUACAAGCUCUCCCGAUAGCAAUCGUUUGCUACGCUCUCAACAUAACGAUGGCCAAGUUGAUGUCGGAUAAAUACGAUUAUUCGGUCGAUUCCAACCAGGAAAUGCUCGCUAUCGGCAUAGCUAAUACCGUAUCUCCAUUUUUUGGAUGCUUUGUAGCCUGUCAGGCCCAUUCCAGAACCUUAGUGAACGAAUCAUGUGCUGGAAAGAGUCCUCUAUCCAGUUUCAUUUCUACGCUCGUUCCGUUACUCGUCAUAUCCGGAACCGGAUUUCUAUUCGCAACUUUACCGAUCUGUGUGUUGGGAAGUGUGGUCAGUGCGUCUCUCACGCCGCUUCUCAUUAGCGAGUCUAUCGAGUUCGUCGCGUUGUGGCGAGUCUGCAGGAGGGAUUGCGUGGUGUGGGUCUUUUGUUUCCUAAGUACCGUCUUCAUAAAUGUCGAUGUCGGUUUAGUUGUCGGUAUCGUCGGAAGUGGUAUUGCCAUCUUAGUAGAAACCAGACGUGGGAGGUUGAUGUUGAUGAGGAAUGUUACAAAUACCGAGCUAUUCGUUGAGGAGGGAUUUGUUGGUGCUGGCGGUUUCGUGAAGGGCAGAAGCGCACCUCGUACGGUUUUAAAGAAGAAUAAAACUUCAACAACAACAACGUCAAAAAUCAACAAACCAGUAAGCAAGAACACCGACGGCAAGCCAAUAAACAACAACAACAACAAAAACAACAAUCAGAUGUUUGAAAAGUACAACAUUGACAAAGACACGGCGAUAUUUCGCCUGCACGGCUCCAUAAUCUUCUCGAACUGUGACACAUUCAAAGAACAAUUGCUUCAAUCAAUCCAAUUCACCCUGCUAAGCCAACCAAAAUUUGCUAACAAACUGCAAAUCUCACAACUAUUACCUGAACCACUAAUACUAUCAUCAGCAUCGCCAUUAUCUUCAUCACCACUAUCAUCAUCAGCAUCACCGGAAGUAAAACAACAAGGAGAACCGAACCGGAAACACGCCAUAUUGGAUUUUUCAAGAGUUUCCGACAUAGACGCAACUGGACUUAACAUCUUUAAAAACUGUGUCCGAAAGAUUAACAACAUGGGUGUUGACCUUUCGUUGUGUUGUUGCUCUAGAAAGGUCAAACGAAAGUUGUCGGCCGGAGAUCUCUUCCUAGGUCAGGGUCAGGAUCAAAGUCAGGGUCAAAGUCAAGGUCAGCAUCCUCAUCACUGCCAACUGAAGCUCUAUCCAUCCGUCAUUGACGCCGUGCUUGCUAUAUCCUGCCACAUAAGCAACAACAACAGUAAUAAUAAUAACAACCACAAUAAUAAUAAUAACAAUAAUAACAUUAAUAAUAAUAAUUAUUAUAACAGUAAUAACGUUAUUUAGUGCUGUAAUAAUAAUAAUAAUAAUAAAAGUUAUAUCAAUAAAAGUGAUUUUUUC